CACCACCACCACCACCACCACCACCACUACCCUCUCCUCCCAACCUCCCUCUCCUCCCCGUCCUCCUCCUCCUCCUCCCUCUCUUCUCGCGCUCUCUCUCUCUCUCGUCACCGUCCACCUGUUUUCGCGUCAGCUGUCGACCCCCGCGUUCGAACACGUCUCACCGUCCGAUCCUACGAGCUCCCGGUUACCUAGCAGUUAGAUGCAUCAGUGCUCCCCGUAGCAACCCCCAGAGAAAACAACAAACAUGUCAGCCCUUACCGAAGAAGAUAAGGCGAAGUAUAUCCCGGUGAUCGAUGGGAUCCUUAAGGCCUCCGAUCUGUCUACUAUCUCGAUAAAGCAGGUGCGCACCCGCCUGUCGGGCGCUACCGGUGUGGACUUCACGUCGAUCAAGAAAGCAAUCGACCCCUUGAUCACGGACCGCUUCGACAUCCUCCUCGCGGAACGCGACAACCCGCCCGCACUUCCGGUUGCGGAACAAGUCCCGCUCCAACACAUCGGCCAGCUUCCGGACGGCGACAGUAAUGGCGCAGAUGUCCGUGUCAAACCGGAGGUGAAGGAAGAAGAGACCGAGGAGGGCAUGUCGCCGCCGGACAUGAAGCGCAAGAGCUCGUCGGUGGACGAGGAUGCCAGGUUAGCGGCGGAGCUCCACGCAGAGCUGAAUGGCGGACGUCCGGUCCGUGGAGGCGCUGCGAAGCCGAAGAAGGCGAGUGCUGUCAAGGGGAAGCGGGCCAAUGCGAAGAAGAAGUCCAAGGACAUCGUGGAUAGUGACCUUUCCGGCGCCGAGGAACCCGUCAAGAAGAAGCGGAAGGCGAAUCCGAACAAUGCGUUCAUGAGGCCGCUCGUGCUCUCGGCGCCGCUGGCUGCGUUUAUUGGCGAGCCUCAGAUGUCCCGUCCCGAGGUCGUCAAGAAGAUCUGGGCCUAUGUCAAGUUGAACAACCUCCAGGAUCCCACCGACCGCCGCUACAUCAUCUGCGAUGACAGCUUGAAGCCUGUGUUUGGCGACAAAGUCCAUAUGUUCACGAUGAACAAAGUUCUCGCAACCAACAUGUAUAAAGCCGAAGAAGUCGCCCCCACGGCGCCGGACUCCUCUCCCGGCUCGCUACAGCAGCCUGUAUGAUCCCUUGCCUAUCUAAGCUUUCCUUCGCCUUCCCAUGUACGGGGGUGUAAUCAGUUGGAUUUUUUUUCAUAUUUUACUGUUUGUACAAGUUCGGUUUUUGGAUAUUUGCUUUGCAGUGAAUGGAUCGGAUUGUGUGAAUGGAUUCCUCUUUCCUGCAGUGAUCGAUGGAAGGGGGU